AUGCCGCAUAUCAAAGAUCUGAACGCCCAUGAGCGUCCCCCGGGCGGCAUCAAGCAGCGUUAUAAGCAAUACCAGAAGUCCACGCCUACGGAGAUAGGGUCUGACGACAGCAUUAUUGAUCUGCAGUCCCUGGACCCCCAAAACCUCCCAGAGGAAAUCUCCUUGACGCACUGGAUUUCCAGCGCAGAUUUUGAGCCUGUAUUUGACCAAUUCCUCGGCACGAAUCAGGAUCUGCAGAGUGCUCAGCCUGCUAGGGAUGUCCCCGUUUUCAGCCAUCGUGCUAUUUCCGGUCUGCAAGUGAUUCCCUCGUUGCUUCCACCCGCAGUUCAGGUCGAAUUGUUAUCUCGUCUGUUCCACCGGGACUUGUCUAAUCCACGGCAUCAAACCAAUCUUCACCUGCACUAUGAUAUCACUUAUCCUAGUGCGGUGAACGAUGGUGAAGCGGUCUCGGCCGAUAAUAGUCCAGUAGGCGCUUAUCCACCGUCUUUCUUUGGAGAUGACCCAGCCCGUGUCAUAGAGCCUAAAGAUCCAAAUGUGCAUAAACCACUUACAGUCCAAAGCAUACUGAACAGAAAGUUACGCUGGGUUACUCUAGGUGGUCAAUAUGACUGGACUGCCAAGGUGUAUCCGUCGGAGCGCCCUCCCGAAUUCCCCAGGGAUAUUGCGAAGCUCUUGCAUGCCAUGUUCCCAGCCACUGAAGCUCAGGCGGCUAUUCUCAAUGUCUAUUCUGCUGGUGACCACCUCAGUCCCCAUCGCGACGUCAGCGAGGAUUGUGAUGUAGGCCUAAUCAGUGUCAGCUUUGGUUGCGAUGGCCUGUUCUUAAUCAGUCAUGACGAUGGGGAACACUGUGAGAUUAUUCGCCUUCGCUCCGGAGAUGCGGUGUACAUGGAUGGCACCUCACGUUUUGCUUGGCAUGCAGUACCGAAGAUUGUGCCGAAUACUUGUCCUAAGUGGCUUGCUAAUUGGCCAUCAAGUCCGCAUGAUGGUGCAGCUUCACAGUAUGAUGCUUGGCGAGGGUGGAUGUCGGGCAAGAGAGUCAACCUCAAUGUUCGGCAAAUGGAACUCGCGAAACCUCACGAAUGA